AUGGACCCAGCCAACUGGGAAGGCUUUGCCUGCGACCGACCGACCUGGAGGAGGAUGGUAAAGACAGACAAAGGGAUCUACGAAGCCAACCUCAUCAGCUCUGUCGAAGCAAAACGUGAUGAUCGUAAAUCUCAAUUGUCCCCGCCUCACGACGCCAACAAUCAACCGCCCCCAACCUGCCCGCGAUGUCAGCAGACGUUCCGGACAUCAAUCGGUGUAAUUGGAUAUCUUUGUACAACUGCAGCACCUGGACGACACCACACGAUGUCGCGCCGUUUACCUCUGCCUCGCCCUCACGCCGACAAUCAACACUAGUCGAACUCCUGAACCCCUACUGUCAUUUUACUAGGUCGCCUCAGCAUCCGCUGUGACGGCCCCUGUUCCCGCCGCCACUGCACUGAAUCCUAACACACCGAGAAUCGUCAACCUCACGGCCGCCAACACCAGCGAUGUGGACUCGGUUCAUACCUGUCCCCAUUGCGAUCGCACCUUCACCCCACACAUCGGCCUGGUCGGUUACUUGCGAAUCCAUCGCACAGAGACUGGCGAACCAGUGCCUGAAGCACCCACAUACACCCGCGGCACCCUCCUCCACUGCUCUCACUGCACCCCCGCAUUCACCCAUCGCAUGGGCCUAUUGGGCCACAUGCAUAUUCACGAAAACCUGCGAUAG